AUGGCGGUAAUAUGGGGACUCGACCUAAGGGAGAUGCAAUGGGGGAAGUUCAAAGGGUCUUAUAUGUUCAACCAGGAUUACCACCUACGCAGAACGAAGAUGAUUGUCUACCAGAUCGCCAUGAUUCUCUGCGUGUGUUCAGAAUCUGUUGGAACGGCCGCGUUGUCAGAUUACGUGGACCAACAAGAUGGCAUAACAACGCGAACUAGUCCACUGGUCAAAGUCCAUAAUAACGAUAUUGUUGGAACCUUCAGUUACAACAUUUUUGUUGGGAUCGCCGUGGCGACCAUCUUUGGAUCGGGAUUCUUCUUUGACCUUUUCUGGCCGGAGAGAAAAGAAAGCAAGUCUGUUCGACUUGCUUGGAAGAUCUGCUCUCUUCUCGUGUCUUUUAUGGCACUUGCAGAUGCAUUGGCGCUGACAGUCGUUGUUGCAACACACCGUUCCACCAUUACCGGAGUAUCAGCAGGAGCUGCAGCUUUUCUCUUCCGCGAGAAUGGUCCACCAAAUCCUAUUUACAGAAAGAACGCCUAUUGUGUCGCAUCAGUCGUUUUAUUGUGGCCAGGGAUGAUAGCGUCGUUUGCCAGUACAUAUAUUAUGUUUAAGUCGAUUCAGCACGAUGACAAACUUGGGCCUAGGUCUUCGAAGUAUAGCGGAGAUAAGGGGGUGGAAGUGUUUAUUGAUAUGGCACCUCAGGCCCCUAAGCCUACACUAGCUGCAAAUGGUGCAACUCAACCGGAACCAUACCAAGGCACUUAA